AUGGUGGAUCCAGCUCUCCGGGACGAGCGCCGGCAGGAUGACAAAGAUGAUGCUGGCGAAAAGGAGGAGGAGGGGGUGGAGUUGGAGGAGAAAGAGGAGGGUGGAGAGGAGGAUGACAGGAAGGACAAGGAGGGCGAUGAAUACCCCAGGGGUUUGAGCAAAAACACGGUGUGAGUGUUCUCAGUGUGGUAGCCGUAAAAUCCCCUCCCCCCAAAGUGUUUUGUCUAAGUGAUGGUUGGACUUAUUUACGCUUAAAAGCUCUUAUGUUGAAGAGAUUAAUUUCCGGGACUGGGUGUCAUUUUCUCCCUCCACUUGCACUGCCGUGUAGAACAUUUGGCGCUGAAAUUCGACCCAUCUUCUUCGUAAUAAAAAGUUGUCUGUCACAGAAAAACUAGGUGUUACUGUUUAAAAUGACUCACAAAUGGCAGAAGUCGUCCUAAGUUGUCUGUUUUCAUAUUUUGGAAAUGAGCUCUCCGAGCAUAUGUUACGUUUGAAGUUAUCAGCAUACGUCUAUUGAUCCGGAAGGUGAUAUUUUAGAAUAAGCAAUAUACUUUCGCAAAUAACGUCAUUCUUGCGCCUUCUUUCAGUCCACUGGGCAUACAGACUAGCGUUGAACCUCGAAGUUUUAGGCGCAAGAAAUGAUGACUGAUAUAAUCAAGACAUCUUUUAAAUGCUGCUUUUGAAAUUCCUCAGAAAUUAACCGCAAACUUCAAAUAAAUCAGUCUAUACUAUGGUCUACGGACACAGGCCAAACUUUUAUAUAUGAAUAUUCGGGCCGAAGUCCAUCAGCCACAGCGGGGUGAGCGGGUAAUAUUUGUUACCUGUCGACAGGUAGCUAGUAGUAUAUUUAAGCACAGCACAGAUACUAACUAAAGGCCCAGACACGCGUGUUUCGCCAAUAUUCUGCCGCUGCAUGGCACAGCUACGAGGGGUUUGGCUCUUCAGUGAGUCUCCUAGCAUCCCAUGUGUGCUUCCAGGUAGAUACUCUAGUUUAUAAAUUGUUGCUUUUUAAGUUCAUCAUAAAUUAACUACUAACUUGGAGUAGAUCAAUUCCACGCCAGCGGUUAAUUUCCGAGGAAUUUGAAAAGCCGUAAUUGCUAAACUGGUGUAUUUACCAGAAAACAGACAGGGGAUGCUGGGGUUAGGGGUUCUGGUUAGGGAUUAGGCGUUAGGGUUUAGGGCUACGGUUAGGGGUUAUGACAACUGUUUCUCAACCACUCAAAGUACAACUGCGCAUCCUCAAUAGCGUUUCUUUUACAUGCUAUUACUUGACCAUGUCGUCUAUGCGAUCCCCGACCCCACCUGUAAAAAGUCCUAUUACCACCGGAACCGUAUUACAGGUGGCUGGGGUUUGUUUACCUCAGGUGCGGCUACAUAACCACAUCUGAUCGACUGGCUCAGAACUUUGUUUACAUUUGCGUCACCGAUAAGGCGAACUGAGUUCAAGUUUCGGCUGUGUCGUCUGUGGCCAAGACAGCGUGUGGUGGCGACGGGAAGGCGGAGUCGUGGUGGGGGGGGGGGGAUUGAGAGAAUUGCCUUUUGUCAGUGGUUUUUAGACAGUUACCAUUGGCCUCCUUUUUACGGAGUAAAUCAGCCGAGAGGUGAAAGUACACUGGACGAAAAUGCACGCUGCCAUCAUUGCGAAUUAAAACAAAAAACUGUGCCGUGGUGGCUCCAAGGACACCGCGCCAGGGUUGAAUUGGUGAUAAUGCUGUUCAAAGAGCGAAAAGGAGUCUAAAUAAAGUGGCGCAGAAAAGGAGAAAAAGUGAGUAUUAUGAAACAUUACUACUACAUUUUUUCCCGAUCGGAGACUGCAACACUUUAGUAUACUCGAUGUUCAUGAAUGCUUCUAUUGCUGGGACAUGGAACCCACAGCCGUCUGGAUGACCGAUAGACCGGAAUAUAGUGAUCCCUCACGAAAAGUGAAAAUUCUCAAAGUAAAAACCAUUUGUUUUGAUGAUUAUUUUUAUGUGCUAGAUCCUUAGAAGCCCUUUUACAUUCCUACAAACAGUUCUCCCAAGUUAUACAGCACAAGCCUUUUAAAUUCUCUUAGAUAUUAGACAAAAUUCAAUUAAAUUUUGGAUGAAAAUAUAGAACGAUGCCUAAAUUGGAUUAUCUACCAGAAAACACGCGGGGAAUGCUAACGGACCCACUGGAGUGCCGAACGCCGCGCAGCUGUGCCAUGCAGCGACAGAAUAUCGGCGAAACACGCGUGUCUGGGCCAGUGCCUGUGCUGCUAGUAUGACAUCUUCUAAUGCCCAAGCAUUAACUGAUGCCCUAAGAUUUGUUAGUCUAAAAUCUCCCCCCUCCCAGCGCCAAAUACCAAAGGUGUCGCCGACUGACGUCAGUAACUGCCUCUGUCAGCUGAGUUAGGAAUGUGUGCGUGUUGUCGCAAAGCUGUCCCCCGCGUCGCGCACCAAAAGUGGGAGUGUUGCCUUUUUUCCUGACAAGGUCCCACAGCCUUUGCCGUGAACUGGCCUUCUUAAAAACACCAUGUACGCUCUGUAGACUGCUCCGGCCUCCACGACCGAGACCCUGUCAAAUUCGUUGAUUAGUUUGAAAAGGUCACUGAAAUUCUGAAAUGCGUUUUCGAUUAGGAAGGAUUACUUGGUCGCGAGUGUGAUACUGAUUAUCUUAAGGCAUACCCUUAUAACAUUUUGGACUCGGGAGGAUGUCGGCUUUUAAAUGCACUUCUUUUCAAUCUCCUGUAGAAAGCGUGCUCGGUGAAAAAUGACUACUUAAGUAGCAUGCAUUUCUCCCAUUGAUUUUCGAUCGUCUUGGAAAUUUAAAUAUAUUUUAUAGAAAGCACAAACAAAAAUAUGUUUUCUUUUAGUCAAUCAAUAGAGAAUCACGUCUUCUUUAUAUUUUAUACUUAAGGAAGGAGGAUAAUUAGGUUUUAAAAAGUUUUCUAAUUGCCGAAAAACUUGAAGCCUGAUCAUUUGUUGCAUUAGCGCUUAGUGCUUACACUCUACAAGAUGCAUGCGUUCCGCGUAAAGAAAAUCCCAUAUUUUUCUAUGUCAUUAAAGGGACAUCAUACAGGGUCCAUAAAAUUUUGCAAUGGAUGCGGACCAUGUUGUACAUUUCAUGAGGAGCAGUGGUAAACGGCCAGGUACGAUGCUAUGUGAAUGGACAUGUCGCGGUCUUAAAAAGUCUCAUAAUUGGAAACUUUUUUAAAACCUAAUUAUACUCCUUCCUUAAGUAUAAAAUAUAAAGAAGACAUGCUUCUUUAUUGAUUGACUAAAAGAAAUCAUAUUUUUGUUUGUGGUUUCUAUAAAAUAUAUUUGAAUUUCCGAGACCAUCGAAAAUCAAUGGGAAAAAUGCAUGCUAAAUAAGAAGUCAUUUAUUACCGAGCACGCUUUCUACAGGCGAUUGAAAAGAAGUGCAUUUAAAAGCCGACAUCCUGCCAAGUCCAAAAUGUUAUAAGAGUAUGCCUUAUGAUAAUCAGUAUCACAACCGCGACCAAGUAAUCCUUCCUAAUCAAAAACAUAUUUCAGAAUUUCAGCCAACAUUUCAUGAGAUAGGUCACGCACUGUAUAGGUAUACAUAUAGCAGCGAGGAGGGACGACAGAGAAUGCGGGUAGAUUGAUACAGCACUGUUUCGGGCUUAUUCUGCCUUCAUUCAGCCAAUCAUAACCCUGACCACCAGCAGCUGGGACCAGAAACACAAACAUGCGCACAGACGCACCUGGCGCAGUCGGUCCACCACUGAGGCCUACCAGAUGGCCGACUUCGGCCUGGUAAUUGGUUGUCUGUUCGUGACCUUUGCCACACAUACGGAGCUUGUUUGGUUUGUGAAGCCAAUAGAUCGGUGUGCGCCCAUUCCUGAUUGAUGUAUACAUAUGUAUAUAUUUCGAGGGUUAGAGGCAGAGCCGUUGAUGACCCUAUUUAUGUGCAGUGCUUUCGCAGAUUCGCAGUCAAAAUAAAAUUCCAGGCAUUUACAACGUGAUCGGGUCACAGUACAAUCGUAGUGAUAAGGAAGUGCAUCAGUUCACUGUAAGUUAGUGCGGAGGGAUUGUAUAUGACAGUGUUUUCCGAAACUGGCUGUGGGUAGUCAUGCUGUAAAAGCCGAUUUCUGGUGAAAAUUAGGCGAGCAAGUGUUCUUUUAAAUAUUUACAUUGCGUCAGCCGUCACCAUCUCGCUUGGGUGCGAGUUUCACGGUCGGGAAACCCGCCGGCUGAAAGAAAACUUUCGACAAUCUAACCGCGUGCGCUCACUGUUGACUUUGGAGGCAUGAUCGCGUAAUUGGUUCGUAGGGGCAAACUCAAAGGAGUCCUCCAUUCCUAAUGAGCAACCUUGACCGCGGACAAUCCGGAAUGUCUGGAGUAGAUUGCAGUUUUGUUGUCUAUAAGAGAGAAGGAAUAAGCCAAACAUAUUCAGCCUCUCCUGGUAAGACGGAUGCUCUAAACCGUCGACCAUCUGCGUUGCACCUGUACGAGUAGGUCGAUAUCCUUCCUUAUACAUGGUGAAGCUGCUGGCAUUCCAUGCUCCAGUUUCGGUCGUACAACGACACCAAAACACGCAACACUGUCUUUAUGAUCCUGUAGAUACAGAAGCUGGCAUUAAGAGCAUAUUUGAACUGUGUGCUUCAAUUGUAUUGUCGUCAAUUUUUAUAAAUAUAUUUGGAAUGAUCCCUUCCUAAACAUGAUCUAUGGAAAACUGCAAGGACUAACCGAUAUCAUGAAAAGUUAUUCGAAAUUCUGAAAUCGGCUUUCGAUUUGGAAGGAUUACGCAGGUGGAAUUGAAAUACUGACCAUCACGCGGCAUAAUCCUAUGAUAUCCUGGAUUCACUAGGACGCUGGGUUUUGAACGUACUUCUGUUCGAACUCCUGUAAAAACUGCACUCGGUAAAAAAAGAACAACUUCAGCAGUAUUCAUUUUCACGUCGAUUUUCGAUGGCCUUAUAGAUUCAAAUGUAUUUAAUAGAAAGCAUGCCUAAUAAGAUGCUCGCUUUUACUCAUUUGGUAGCAAAGCCCGUCAUCUUUGCAUUUUACACUCGAGGAAAUAGCACCUUUCGGUUUUGAAAAAUUUCUAAUUAUGAGGGUUUUUAAGACCGUACAAUGUCCACUCAGGCAACAUUGUACCUGUCCGUUUAUUAAUGCUCCCCAUGAAAUAUGCAACAUAGUCUGAAUCCACUACAAAAAUUACUGAACUCCACAUGGUAUCUUCCUAAAGGCAUAGAGGAAUAUGUGAUUUUCCGGCAAGGGUCGAUUACGCUGUCCUGGUCUCAAAUGCAAGAGGAAUGUGGGCAUUGAAAGUAAGGUAAGCCGAAGGGGGAUGCUGAAAUCGGUAGUGGGAAAGUAGCCGAGACCGAUAUAUGACAAAUCCGCCGAAAAACUGAAGGAAGCCAAGAAUUCCCGCAAAAGACAUGGCUGAUAGGACACCCAGGGCAGCUAUACCUCAAACCGAACUGUAAACCUAACCGUAACCUCAAAAGCAAGCCGAAUCCUUGACUAUAAACCAGCGCUAACCCUAAGCUUAACAGCAAACCUAACCCUAAACCAACCACAAACCCUAGACCUAACCCUUAACCUUAACCCUCACCCAAAUCCCAACCCAAACCUCAACCACAACCCUGCCCUAACACUAAACGUUAACCUAAACCGCAAUCCAAACCCUAACUCUAACCAGGACCCUUAAAUUUAACACAAACCCAAAACCUAAACUCAAUUCCCAGCUUGAAACUAACCCAAACCCUAGAACGAACCCUACCUCUAAACCGAAACGUCAAGUUACCAUUUUCCGUUUUAGCUUCGGCUACUUUCCCACUAACGAUUUUGGCAUCCUCCCUUGA